CCAUCGGCCGUGUUUUAUGUAUAUAAUGCGGCCCGGCCGGUGACUCUGCUACUCUGCCAUACCCAUUAUAUAUAUUUGUAUUUCUUUUAUCUUUGCUUCUGCUCUUGUUUGUAGAGAGUUUUGAACUCUGUUCUGGCCCACUCGCCGCUUUCACAUUGAUCUCCGCCUUUUUUUUUUCCUUUUUUCUUUUUUUCUUUUCUUGCACCGUGUCUGGUCUUGGGAAAUUUUUUUAUUGUUUUUCCCCUUCGUCGGCGGGCGUUGGUCUGUGUCUUUCUUGCUCGCCGCAGGUAUAUGACGGUGCGCGAUGGAAGUUUAGUUUUAGUCUGAGUUGAAAGAAAUGCAGAAAUGGCCGGCCUGCAAAUGUGGAGAGGCAAUGGGAGCUCUGGAAUUAUGGCGGCGAAGAGAGUUGUGGAGUAUAAGAGCGUGAGUGUUAAGAAAUAUGAGGAGAAAAGGGGGGAUUUUGAUGUGAAAUUGAUGCCUAAGAGAAUCCGAGUGAUUACUACUGACCCCGAUGCAACUGAUUCUUCUGAUGAUGAUGAGGAAGACCGAGCAAGGGGUUCUGGUUCUGGUUCUGGUUCUGGUUCUGGUUCUGGUGAGUGCAUAUUUUCUGGGAGGGUGAAGAGGCAUAUUGAGGAGAUCAAUAUUCAAUUGCCGGAUUGCUCGCCGAGUUGCUCUGAAAAUGAGAAUGAGUUUGGGUGGAGGAGCAAGUCCGUUAGGUCGAAACCGUCUAGGGCAACAACCAAUCCGAGCAACGGAAAUGCAUGGGCUUUGAGAAAGAUUCAGAGCAAAGGGGCGGGAAAAGUUGUUAAGAAGGAUGAUUUUGUUGAAGAAUCUGAUUCUGUGAGACGGAUAAAGAAGUUUAAGGGCGUGAGGCAGAGGCCUUGGGGAAAAUGGGCUGCAGAGAUCAGGGACCCGGGCAGAAGAGUUCGGUUGUGGCUCGGAACUUUCGACACCGCCGAAGAAGCCGCCUUGGCCUAUGAUUCCGCCGCUCGCCAGCUCCGCGGCCCCGAAGCCGCCACCAACUUUUCCGCCUCCACCUCCGUCUCUGCCGCUUCUGAGCCGCCACCGGAUUCUGGUGGCGCAAAGCAGGGUGAGGAUUCCGAUUCUGUUGGAACGAGGUUAUUGCAGAAGCGGACAUGGGAGGAGGUUGCGGAAUCGAGCGUUGUGUCGAGCUGCUAUGACGAAGAAUCUUCCUCUGCGGAGGAGUGCUUGCUCAUUUCUUCCCCAACAUCUGUGCUAAGAUUCCAUGCCUCCUCUUCCGUUUCGCUCAAGAAGCCACAGCCCGGAGUUCCUUGUCAGGAUCAGGGCGACGGCAGCUUUGGAAAUCUGGAUUUGCCGACGAGUUUCGAUUCCUUUCUUGAUUGCAAUCUGUUCUUUGACAGCCCUGAGUUCCUGAGCCUGGGGGAGGGAUUCGAAACCUGUUUGCCUCCGCCAGAGGAUGCAGGGGGGAUCUUGAGCGUUGAGGAUUACUGUGAGUCGCAGGACAUUCCAAUGGCCGGGGAACAACCAGGCAUUAUUCCGCGCUUGGAUGCUUCAGAUUAUCUUUUCAAUGACCAAUUCGGGGAUUUGUCGUUCGAGGAGGAGUUCAUCCCGGCGAACGGCAUCGACAGCGAGGAUUUCGAUUUGUUAAAUUUGUUCGAGGGUGACGAUGAUCUCAACUUACUGGACCUGGAUUGCAUGCAAUUUUGAUCUUCAAAUUUCAUUACAUGAAUGUUCUCUUCCUUCCCCAUGCCGGGGAAAUUUUGUAGCUGUUUCUUUGGCGGAGAAUAUUUAUUAGUUUUACUGCACUGCGGCGCAGCGUUUUCUCUGCUGCACCGCUUGGCUUGUUUGUUGUAACGGAAAAAAAAUAACUGUUUGCAGUGAGUGAGCUUCUGGCAAGAAAUGAAAAGAAUAAAAAAAGGAAUGGAGAUGGCCCGGAGAAAGAAAAAAACUCCGGGAUUGCCAUGCCCAAAUCCCUUCUUUUCUUGUUUGUUUUUUCUUAUUUCUGUGACUCAAAUUUUGAACAAAUACAUCACACAGCAGAAGUUCCGGCAGACGGGGUCGAUCUUUGACAUUGCCCCGCGUAUUAUUAUUAUUAUUAUUAUUUUUAUCUGUACUAAUAUGAAAGUGGAUUCAUUUUA